CCCCCUCCGUAGCUAAAGAAUUUGAGCUCAGCUUAAGCUUGUGAUUGCUUCACUGUGCGCUGUCUUCCCCUAGUUGGUCCCUCUACCUCGAGGACCAUAUCACUUGAACUCUAGUCCCCACAUCUGAUCAACUAUCCGUUCUCAUUGCUAUCCACCAUGGCUUGGCUCUUCAAGAAGAAGGAUGCCGAGGGGGAAGCUCAAGAAGCCGAAGCUCAGGAAAUAGGCCCCCAAAGCUCCGAUGGAGCUCCUCCCUUGGACCAGGCGCAGUCCUUCAGGUCUGCGGUCAUGCCCGUAAUGGCAUGCGGCGCCGGUCUUUUCUCCGAUGGCUACAUCAAUAACGUUAUCGGCUCUGUCUCGACCAUUCUCGCCAUCCAGUACGGCGACACGUACGCAAACUCGAACGCCAAGAAGUAUGUCGGCGACAUUGCCUUCGCCGGCACGGUCGUCGGGCAACUUGCCUUCGGCUGGCUAUCUGACCACUGGUCGCGGAACAACUCCCUGCUCGUGUCGACCGUCAUCCUGGUCAUCUUCACCGCCUUGGCUGCGGGCUCAUACUACCACGGAGAUAGCGUGGGCAUGUUCAACAUUCUGACCGCCUGGCGGUUCUUUGUCGGUAUCGGCAUAGGAGGCGAGUACCCGGCGGGCAGCGUUGGAUGCGCCGAAUCCACUGGCGAGCUCAAGGCGGGAACGAGGAACAGGUGGUUCAUCUUGUUCACCAACACCAUGAUUGACUGGGGGUUCGUCAUCGGUGCCUUCGUGCCCUACGUCGUCGCGGCGGCCUGCCAUAACGAACAUCUCAGCACCAUCUGGCGGACAAGUCUGGGAAUCGGCGUCGUCUUCCCCAUGGUCCUUUUCAUCCUCCGGCUCAGGCUCAAGGAACCCGAGGAGUUCAAGCGCAACUCGAUGCGCUACGCCAAGACGCCGUACAUGUUGGUUCUGCGGUUCUACGGUUAUCGUCUCUUCAUCGUCAGCUUGAUCUGGUUCAUCUACGACUUUUCUGCUUACUCCUUCGGCAUCUACUCGUCCACGAUCCUCGCCAACAUCUUCGACAAGGACGCGCCCCUCACGACUGUCUUCGGGUGGAACACGGUAAUCAACAUGUUCUACAUCCCCGGCACCAUGCUCGGCGCCCCCGUAUCCGACUGGCUGGGCCCGCGCUACGCCCUCGCCCUGGGCGUCUCCCUGCAGGGGAUCGUCGGCUUCAUCAUGGCGGGCGACUACGCGAACCUCUCGCGGCAGGGCAACGUGGGCGCCUUUGCCGUCGUGUACGGCAUCUUCCUGUCGCUGGGCGAGUUCGGCCCCGGCGACAACAUCGGCCUGAUCGCGGCCAAGACGUGCGCGACGGGCGUGCGCGGCCGCUACUACGGCAUCGCCGCCGCCGUCGGCAAGGUCGGCGCCUUCGUCGGCACCUGGGUCUUCCCCUACAUCGCCGCCGCCGCCGGCGACAACGACACCGCCUCCGCGCAGUAUCCCUUCUACGUCAGCUCCAGCCUGUGCAUCCUCAGCGCCGUCCUCACCCUCUUCUGCCUGCCUCACAUCGGACAGGAUACCAUCACCCUCGAGGAUAUACGCUUCAGGGCCUACCUCGAGAGCAAGGGCUACGACACCCGCCAGCUCGGCCUCAGGAAGGGCGAGGUCCUCGAUGUCGUCGAGUCCGGCAGCCCCGUUGAUGGGGAGGAGGCGAAGGCCUAGCAGGCUGUUGGCUGGGGCAUUGGGGUCUGGUCGAGUUCGGUUUGAUUGGACAAAUGUUUUGGCUUACUCAGCACGCCUACCCUGUUAAUGGAGGUGCAACUGGAGAGAUGGAGAGAGGGUAUCACAGGCUGCCAGGAGACGGUUCGUAUAUGUUGUUUGUUUCGAGUCCGCUAGAAAAUACACCAUAAUACAACCUCAUCUCUAUGGGAAAU